UUUUUUUUUUUCAUUUUUAUUAUAAUAGUUGAAUAUGGACUUCGAUUACCAAAAUCCUACUAAUGAAUCUGAUUUCAUAACAGAUACAAUAGAGGAACAUGCUUUGACUGACAAACCUCGCAUCUUAUUAAUGGGACUUCAAAGAAGUGGAAAGUCUAGUAUUCAACGUGUUGUAUUUGGAAAGAUGCCACCUAAUGAUACUUUAUACUUAGAAAGUACAACUAAAAUUCUAAAAGAGGAUAUUACACGAUCUUUUAUUGAUUUUCAAAUAUGGGAUUUUCCUGGUCAAGUUGAUUUCUUUGACGAUAUGACUUAUGAUCCUCAAUACAUUUUUGGAACAGCAGGAGCAUUGAUUUUUGUUAUUGACGCACAAGAUGAUUAUAAUGAGGCAUUACAUCGAUUGUAUACAACUGUUACAACAGCGUUUCGUGUUAACCCAAACAUUACAUUUGAAGUUUUGAUUCAUAAAGUAGAUGGAUUAUCUGAUGAUUAUAAGAUUGAUACGCAGCGUGAUGUACAACAAAGAAUGAGUGAUGCGCUUGCUGAUGCUCAAUUGGAAUAUAUUCAUUUAACAUAUUAUCUUACAAGUAUUUAUGAUAAUUCAAUUUAUGAAGCCUUCAGCAAAAUUAUUCAAAAAUUAAUAAGAGAAUUACCAACGUUAGAAAACCUGCUUAAUGUUUUAUGUUCAAAUUCUGGUAUUGAUAAGGCCUAUUUAUUUGAUACAUUGACGAAAAUUUAUAUUGCUACUGAUAGUUCACCUGUCGAUAUGCAAUCAUAUGAGUUAUGCUCUGAUAUGAUUGAUGUUUGUAUUGACGUUGAAUGUAUUUAUGGGGCUCAGGGGAACAGUCCUCAAAAUCUUUCUUUAAUGGAUACAUCGGAUCGUAAUCAACCACUUUUAUUGGAUACUGCUGCUACUGCUGCUGCUACUACGACUACUACGACUACUACUACUUUCAAUAAUCAAAAGGAGAGUUCAUCAGAACCUGAAAACUUCGAAUGCGGAUUAUUAGAAAAUGGUCAACAACAAACUGAAGAAUUAAUCGGAUCAAGUUCAAACACGGAUGGUGAAGCCUCAAGUUUAAUCAAAUUAGAUAAUGGGGAUGUUCUUUAUAUGAGAGAAGUGAAUAGACUUUUGGUUUUGAUAUGUCUUUUACGUCAAGAUAAUUUUGAGAAACAUGGUUUAAUUGAUUAUAAUUUCCAAUGCUUCAAGGAAGCAGUCACUGAAGUUUUUGAGUUUUCAAGGAAAAGAAAUACCCAGCAAUGAUCAAAAAAUAAAAGAGGAGUGUAUUAUUAUUAAGUUUGUUCUAUAAAAAUAAAUAUAGCAUAUAUGAAUAAUAUUUAUAAUGACUAUAUAGAAUUG